AUUCCCUGUUUGUUUCCUGAGAAAAUUUUUUUUCUCCUGGGCCAUGGAUAACAAACGCAAAAUCUGCAAGAUCUGCAACAGAGCUUUCGCCAAUGGGAAAGCAAUGGGCGGUCACAUGAGAUCUCACCUUGCGAAACACCCCGUCCCUCCCAGACGCAAUCCAACCCCGCUUCCCACUCCCGAUUAUCCAACCCGUUCAUCUCCCAUUUCUCCGUUCUAUUCCUCCUCGGAAACCUCGCCACCGGAAAAAUCUGAUCUCGCCGAUGGGGAGAGCGAUACAGAGUCAUCACCAAAGACCAGUACUAAUCUAACUCGGACGAGAUCCAAACGGCGGCCUAAGUUCGUGGUGAAUGCGGUGCAGGUGCAGUUAUCGUCGGCUCAUCCAGAGCCAGAAUCGGUAAAUUCUUUUUCCGAAGCUUUUCCUGAUGAUGAAGUUGCUAUGUGUCUCUUAAAGCUUAAAAGGGACAAAUGGUCCAAAGAGUUCAAGAAAGAAGUCAUCAAAAGAGGACGAGAAGAGGAAAAUGAUCAAGAAGAAGAGGAUGAGAAUGUUUCUUUCCUCGUCACUCGUGCUCCCAAGUCUCAAUACAAAUACAAGUGUAGAAUAUGCAAGAAGAGAUUCCGAUCUCACCAGGCACUAGGGGGCCACAAGGCGAGCCACAAGAACAGCAAAAAGUAUGAUCCAAACGAAGGAGAAAGUGGGUAUGUUAAUGGCUACAUGAAUCAAAGGAACUUUGAAUGUCCAUUUUGUGAUAAAGUUUUUGAAUCAGGUCAAGCUCUUGGUGGGCAUAAGAAAGUUCAUUUUUCUUACUUGACUGUUGUUAAGAAAAUACCAGAGAAAUCUGAGACUCAGCAUAGCUUUUUAGAUCUCAAUCGUUUUCCUGAGGAAGACGAAGAAGUUAGCCAGGUUGAGUUCUCUUCAGUUUCCAAUGCAGAGAUAAUGCAUGGCAGAGGUAAUUAACAACAAAAAUAACUCCCUUUCAUUGUCGUCUAUCGAACAAACAAGUUAGUGCUUUGUUAUUUUUAAGAUCCUUUGAUGCGGAAUCAUCAUUUCGGUUAAGUUAUGUUGUUUUUAUUGAUAAAACCAAAGACUCAUU